AAUUAAAAAGUUGUUUUAUACUCCAUCCAAUCAGCAGUAUUCCAUCUGCGAGAGAGAUGAAGGACGCGGGAAGCAACGGUGGGAGAAGCGCAGAGGAAAGAGAGAAGACCAAGAUGAGAGAGAGGCAGAGGAGGUCCAUCACCACCAAGAUCUUCCACGGCCUCCGCAAGCACGGCGGUUACCGCCUCUCCCCCCGCGCCGACAUCAACGAGGUCCUCCGCGAGCUCGCCGCAGAGUCCGGUUGGGUCAUCGACCCCGACGGCACCACCUACCGCGCCUCCUCCGCCGCUGCCGCCAAUGGUACAACUGUCUGCCCACUUUGCGGCGCCGGACAAAGAAGCGCCACGCCGACCAGCAGCCUCAUCGUAGGCGGAGGAGAUUCCCUGGCGGGCUUCGGUGGGCCUUUUUACAAAAACUUCUCUGGCAGUAGUGGGUCCAGCAGCUUUUGCGGCGGUGUCUCCUCGUCUUGUGAUCCGUACCGAAGCCUCGGUGGUGGCCUCAACCAAACCUCCGCCGCCGCGCGCGGUGGAGGACCGUCGGCGGCGGUGACGGUGGCGUACGAUCACCACCAGCAAAAGCUGAUGUACUUCCAGGAGGCGAGGGCAUCUAACCAGAACACGCCGGUGGGUUCGCCUCUACGCCGUGCCUAAAAGGACCUUUUUUUAUUUUUUGCCAAAUUUGCCCUAGUCGUAUUUUUGUUUUUACCAAAUAUGCCCUUAGGGCUAGUGCAGUGCUCUCUCUAUACGACAUUGUCUUUCGGCUUUUUGCUCAGGGCGGGAAGCGAUGUAUCAUGGGAAGUUGCAAAUACUCCUCUGUGUCAUAGACAGUUUACCAUUUGGAUGGAAUUACCUUCUUUCACUUGUCUUCUGUUUUGAUUCGUUUCUUUUG